AUGUCCCAGUGGGUGACGAAGACCGGGGCUCCCGUAUUGGACGAGAACGAUGCUAUGCCGGAGAAGGAAGAGGCGAUCCUGAAGAUGGCUCUGGACGCGAAGAAGAAUCAAAAGAAGAAGGGUCGGAGUGCUGGUGCCGGGGAGCAUUCUGCCUCGGCAGGUUCUCCUCGGGUGAACGUAGAUGAGCCGUCUCCCAAGAGAGGACGCCACGAGCCGUCACAUCUGGGUCCCGAGCGGGCCUUUGUAUUGCCUCCCUGCUAUAAGGAUGGAGGCUACUUUGAGAAGUUCCCCCUGGCCAUCGCUCCGGACGAAGCUCGUCGGAUUGGUGAAAUGGACUCCCCGUCACUUCAGAAGCAGCUGGCGUGCGACAGUGCCGCCGUGAUGAGGGUUUUGGGAAUGGCUCAGGUGUUAGCCGCUGGUGGUUCGGGCUCGGCCGAGGCCGUGAAGAAGGCAGAAGCGGCUAAGAAGGUUGCCGAGGAGAAGAUGAAAGUCAUGGAGACGGACCGCAAGGAGCUGAAGAAGAAGAUCGACUUGGCUCUGAAGCAGAGAGACGGGGAGAUUGCGGAGUUGAAGAAAAAGCUUGCCGACUCUGAGCUUAAGUGGGCUUCUUCGGCAGAUGAGUCGCCGGAUGUGGCUGCUCUGCAAUCCAGGGCUGAGUUUGUGGAGAAAGUGGACGGCCUAAAGAUAAGCAUGGCCGACAUGGCUGAAGUUGGGUUCGAACGCGCCGUUCAACAGUUGAGGCUUCUGAACCCCGGCCUGAAGGAGGACAACAUAGGCCUUUCUUCGAAGAUUGUGGACGGUGUGCUGGUGCCCGAGUCCCCUGAGAGUGACGAGUAG